CCGACCGACCUUGUUCUAGGGGAUUUCUAGGGUUCUUGGUUUCUUGCGGCAGGGCGGGGCGAUGGCGAUCGGGAGCACGGUGCUUCACAUGCCCUCCGGGCCGACGGCGGUCGUUGCCAAGCUCCAUCCGACGGUCCUCUUCAACAUCUGCGAUUCCUACAUUCGCCGCAACGAUCAGCAAGAUCGGGUGAUUGGGACGCUGCUGGGGUCGAUUUCCAGCGAUGGAACGAUCGAUAUUCGCAAUUCUUAUGCCGUUCCGCACAACGAGUCGUCUGAUCAGGUGGCUGUGGACAUCGAUUAUCAUAGGUCGAUGUUUGAGCUUCAUCAGCGAGUGAAUCCCAAAGAAGUUAUCAUCGGAUGGUACUCAACAAGCCCUGGGGUAACUGGAAGCGAUGCCUUGAUCCAGGAUUUCUACGCCAGAGAGACCUCCAAUCCCAUUCACCUCACUGUCGACACAACUUUCAGCGAUGAUGCCGCAAACAUCAAAGCUUAUGUUUCCACGGUGUUAACUCUCGGCGAGCGUCCGCUUGCGGCACAGUUCCAUGAGGUCCAGCUCGAUCUUCGACUCUUGGAGGCCGAGAGAGUUGGCUUUGAUAUCCUGAAGAAAACUCUCGUUGACAAGCUCCCAAACGAUCUCCAAGGAUUGGAGUCCUCGAUGCAAAGGCUGCAAAACAUGAUCGACACGGUCUUCAAGUAUGUGGAUGAUGUCGUGGAGGGCCGUAUCCCACCAGAUAACACAGUCGGUCGCUACCUGGCGGAUACUCUCUCCAUGGUGCCCAAGAUCUCUCCAGACACCUUCAGCAAGCUCUUCAACGAUAGCAUGCAGGACUUGCUACUGGUUGUUUAUCUUGCAAACUUGACAAGAACACAACUCGCUCUCGCCGAGAAGCUCAACACCGCGGCCCAAGUUUUUUGAAGCUCCAUAGCCAUGCGGUAAAGUUUAGAGUAUGAACGGACAGCGCUAACAAAACUCGUUGGAUUUCAGCCAUCGUUUUGUUUGGUUCUAAUCAAUAUUUUUCUUCCUAGUUGGACGUGCUAA